GCCCCUGUCGUCGCUUCCGUCCUCACUUCCGGGUUCGUGUGUGCUUGUGUCCGUCAGGUGAGGAGCUCCACGCGCAGGUAAAACGCAGCGGGCGCGCGGGUCUGCCUGUGUGUCCGUCAGCCGUCACGAGCCGUUCCCCGAUCCAGACGCUUCCACCGUACCGGACGCCGCACACGGAGCCCCGCCAUGUCUCCCGCCGCCUUCCACGCGCAGCUGGCCUCCAUUAUGGAGGUUCUGGCCAACACGGCGGUGGCGGAGAUCGUGGAGCUGGUGGACAGCGGAUACUCGGAGCUGCAGCUGGAGAUCAGCCGCGGCCGCCGCGAGAACGAGCUGCUGCGGCGGAAGCUGCGCCUCAUGGAGCUGAGGGCCGCGCGCGUCACCGCCCUGCGCGCCGCGAGCGGCAACGCGCUGCUGCACGUCGGAGGUCGCGCGCGGGUGCACGUGGUGGCGAGGAGCGAGACGCCGACAGGUGAGGCGCUGCCGUCCGGAUCGACCAAUCAGGAGAGAGAACCGGAACCUCCAUCAGAACCCGACCAGGAAGCUCGUCCAGCCGGCGACUCGACGGUCAUCAAGGUGGAGGACGACGAUGACGAGGAGGAGGCGGAGCCGUGGCGUCGCUCUGAACCCGACGAAGGUUUUCGUUGCGUCGUUGAAGAACCGACAGAGAACGAAGCUUCACCACUCAAACAGGAAGUAGCCAACGGCGGCGCCUCGUCGUCGUGGGCGAUCGUUGAGGUCAGAACCACCUCCCCACCGAGCACCAAUCAGAGGCCGGAAACCUUCGAGCGUCUGAUGUUUAAUCCUCCGGACGCCGGCUGCUCCUCGGCUGAUUCGGGCGGCGGCUUCGGUUUCGUGUCUCCAGCUGACCGGCGGCCUGCAGGACUCAUGGUCGGCCAGCGGAGGGCGCCGCAGAAGAGCGCCGCCACCCGGAGGCGUCCGGUCGGCGUCAGCAGAGCCGGCGGCCUCCGAGGGAUGGAAUCCGGAGGGAAGUUCGUGUGUAGCUGCUGUGGAAAGACUCUGGCCUGCCUGAAGAACCUGAAGACCCACAUGAGGGUCCACACGGGCGAGAAGCCGUUCGUCUGCUCGCUGUGCGGAAAGCGUUUCUCCGACUCCAGCAACCUGAAGCGCCACCAGAGCGUCCACACCGGCGAGAAGCGCUACGGCUGCGUCCACUGCGGGAAACGCUUCGCCCAGUCCGGCUCGCUGAAGGUCCACAUGACCGUCCACUCCGACUGCAACGAGUUCAGGUGCUCCUUCUGCGGAAAGACCUUCAUCUCCGGCAGCCACCUGCGGAGACACAUCACCGUCCACGGAGCCGACAAACGAUUCACCGCUGGCCCACCGUGACGGCGACAUACCAUCCCAUAAACUCAUCAGAGACUCAACAAACUGACUGACCUCCUCCUGAUCUACACAAACUUUACUGAUCAAAGUUCUACCUUCAGACAGAACAUUAAGGACCUUGAAGGACUUAGAGCAGGGGUGUCCAAACUUUUUCCAGAGAGAGCCCGACAUUCUUUGAACUUUUUAAAUCAAAUGCAACUUGGCUAUUUGAUGGAAAUUUCAUUGCAAACGACACCUUUUUCAUUUUGUACAUGUUCAAAAUGAAAUGUUUCCAUAAACUUUAAGAGGAGGGAUCAGAGAGUCCAGUGGACAGAUCAGCUCUUCUCUCUGUACAAAGACAUCCCAUCAUUAAGGGUGACCAAAGCACCGGGAAUGUUGAUGAAGAGAGGGGUUUUCCUGAAAGUUUCUGACUUCUUACUAAUAAAUGCAGUUACAGGACUUACCAAAAUCACUCUGUUUUUAAUAUCUAAAGGCCAAAUAAAAUGAAAUGAGCUGAACUGUGGGGAAAAAAAUCAGGAUUCAGCUGCAUUUUUAACGUUAAAUGUUGGUAAUUAAUGUUGCCUAAGACAUAUGAACAGGAACAAAACAACAUUCAGCUCACAAUGAAGUGCAAAUUCCAUGUGUUCAGAGAUUUUUCUAACUGGUUUUGACCAACAAAAAUUAAAUUAACUGCAGUUUUACAAUACAUUUACCUCAGAUUACCAACACAAAUAACUUUCUUGCAUGAAUGUUUUGUAAGUGAAAAAAGGUGCAGAAUUACAUCCUGAGCAAAGAGAAAAGAAGAACAGAGGAAGAACUUUCCAUCAUCCCCACACACAGAAAACAUAUGACGGCUCCACAUAACCCCAUCCAGACGACUGAGCUCUGAAGGGGCACAAACAAAAUAAAGAGUGAGACGGAGGCUUUACUCAGCUGGAUAGACCGAGGAGAGGAAAGAUUCAGAACCAAAUCCCUGCUUCACUGUGAGGGCUGACACUGUGGACCGCAUCACAUGGACCAGGUCUGGAUGUACAACAUGACUCCAAAAUAAAAGACCUGAGUGAUGAGUUUAGUACCAGAUAGAUUCUAAUUAUGUUUCAUAAACGUUCUGAUAAAGUUCCAGUCACGUCUUAAGUUGGAUUUUUUUAAAUUUACCAGAAGGUUUUUCCUGAAACUAUUUAUAAAUGAAUAUAAUAUUUAGAAAUAAAGGAUAAAGUUCUCUAACGACAUCCUCAAAAUGAUGUUUUUAUAUAUUGUUUUUAAAUGUUCCUUUUUAGUUAUCAUAGAACAAUGUGGGAAUGUUUUUUUUUAAGUGUUCUUUUUAAUGUCAAGUUAAUCCACAACAUCCUGAAAAUGUUCCACCUUUAACCUAGGACAUUACAGAAGUUUUUAUUAAAAAAUUAUUCUUUCA